AUGGAUCAAGCCAGCGGCGGGGACGACCCCAAUAAACCUCCUAAAAAGAGGGCCAGCGAGGAUGAAGGCAGAAACAAAAAGCUGAACAUACACAUUAAAACAUUGGCUGAUGAUAUGCGUGAUCGCAUUACCAGUUUCAGAAAGACGGGAAUGAAGAAGGAAAAGCCCCUCAUACAGCAUCCGACGGACCCUUUCUCCACCCAGACUGAAUUGCCCAUUCCUCAACCGCUUUUCGACGACCGCUCCAUGAACCUUUCGGAAAAGGAGAUCAUUGAUCUCUUUGAGAAGAUGAUGGAGGACAUGAAUCUGAAUGAAGAACGAAAGGCACCUCUCCGCGGGAAGGACUUAAGCACCAAAAGAGAGAUGGUCGUCCAAUACAUCUCUGCCACUGCCAAAUCUAUAACUGGGAGCAAAGUUGCGGGAGGACUAAGGAACAGCAAGCACGAAUCUACUCUCUCGUCCCAGGAAUAUGUUCACGAGCUUCGUUCUGGUAUCGCGGAAGAAAAACUGCUCAACUGCCUAGAGUCGCUCCGGGUUUCUCUCACCAGUAACCCAGUCAGUUGGGUUAAUAACUUCGGUCAUGAAGGUCUUGGUCUUCUUCUGGAUGCACUGGAGAAGCUUUUGGAUAAGAAACAGCAGGAGAACAUUGAUAAACGAAAUCAGCAUAAACUUAUACAAUGCUUGAAGGCUUUCAUGAACAACAAGUAUGGGCUGCAAAGAAUCCUGGGUGAUGAGCGCAGUCUGUUGUUACUGGCGCGAUCCGUCGACCCCAAACAGACCGGCAUGAUGACCGAGACUGUCAAGAUCCUGUCGGCUUUCUGUAUCAUUGGUGAAGAAAACAUCCUGGAUAAGAUUCUGGCAGCCAUGACAAUUGCAGCAGAGCGGAACAAUAAAGAAAGAUUUGCCCCAAUUGUGGAAGGACUGGAGAAUCAUGAUGCUCAGCAACUUCAGGUUGCUUGCAUGCAGCUCAUCAACGCGCUUGUUACCUCCCCGGAUGACUUGGACUUCCGGAUACAUCUGCGGAAUGAGUUCUUAAGAUGUGGCCUCAAAAAGAUCCUCCCGGAACUCAAAGAGACGGAGGAGCUGGACAUCCAGCUCAAGGUGUUCAAUGAAAAUAAAGAGGAGGACUCCAUCGAACUCUCCCAUCGCCUGGAUGACAUCCGGGCCGAGAUGGAUGACAUGAAUGAGGUGUAUCAUCUCUUAUCCAACAUGGUGAAAGACACAGGCUCUGAGGCCUACUUCCUGUCUAUCCUGCAGCACCUGCUGCUCAUCAGGAACGACUACUACAUCAGGCCUCAGUACUACAAGGUGAUUGAAGAAUGCAUCUCCCAGGUGGUCCUGCAUCGAAGUGGGAUGGACCCCGACUUUGGUUACAGUCGACGAUUAGAUGUGGACUUCACCCAUCUGAUUGAUCAGUGUGUGGACAAAUCCAAAGUUGAAGAGAGCGAGCAGAAAGCUGCCGAGUACUCCAAAAAGUUUGACGAAGAGUUCAGUGCACGGCAGGAGGCUCAGGCUGAGUCUCAAAAGAAAGAGGAGAGAAUCAAAGAGUUGGAGGGGAAGAUCCAGACCCUAGAGUCUCAGUUAACUAUAGAAAGUGACAAGCUCAAAGAGGCUCAGAGACUCAUCAGGGAAUCUGAAGCCAAGAUUGCAGCUGGACCAGCUGUGCCAGGAGCGCCACCCCCGCCACAACCAGGAGGUGCCGCAGUACCCCCUCCACCACCUCCCCCUCCUCCACCACCUCCACCAGGCGGCUGCCCUCCACCACCUCCACCUCCGCUGCCUGGCAAUGCCUCUGCUCCACCGCCUCCUCCACCACCUCCUCCUCCAGGCGGGGGGCCUCCACCCCCGCCUCCUCCGCCAGGUUGUGGGCCGCCACCUCCUCCGCCAUUUUUCGGGGGCCCAGGUGCGGCUCCGCCACCUCCUCCAAUUCCUGUACUCAAAUUGCCCUAUGGACUUCAGCCCAAGAAGGUUUACAAACCUGACAUAGUGAUGAAAAGAGUUAACUGGAACAAGAUAGUGCCUCAGGAAAUGGCGGAGAAUUGCAUCUGGAUUAAAGUAAAAGAGGAGAAGUUGGAAAAUCUUGACCUGUUUGCUCAGCUCUCCCACUGUUUCUCGUCACAGAGCAAAGUGAGGAAGGAUACGAAUGAUGAACCUGACAACAGAAUGACACAAUUUAAAAAGAAGGCGAAGGAGCUUCGCAUUUUGGACGCCAAGACAGCGCAGAAUCUAUCAAUUUUCUUGGGCUCUUUCCGGCUGCCUUAUGAGGAGAUCCGAGACAUUGUACUUCAGGUUGACGAGGAACGACUGAGUGAAUCACUCAUUCAGAACCUGAUAAAAAACUUGCCGGAGCAGAACGAGCUGUCGUCUCUAGCGGAACUUAAGAGUGAAUAUGAAGAGCUGGUGGAGUCUGAGCAGUUUGGGAUUGUGAUGAGUUCAGUCAAGCUCCUGCGACCACGACUCAACGGCAUCCUGUUCAAGCUGACGUUCGAGGAACAGGUGAACAACAUUCGGCCAGACAUCAUGAAUGUGACAUUCGCCUGUGAAGAGGUAAAGAAGAGCGAAGGCUUCAGGAAGCUGCUGGAGUUGGUGCUGCUGGUCGGCAACUACAUGAAUGCCGGCUCCAGGAAUGCGCAGACGUUUGGUUUUAACAUCAACUUCCUCUGCAAGCUGCGAGACACCAAAUCUAUCUCUCAGAACACGACACUGCUUCAUUUCCUGGCUGAGAAAUGUGAUGAGGCAUACCCAGAGAUUUUGAGAUUUCCAGAGGAACUGGAGCAUGUAGAGAGUGCCAGCAAAGUGUCUGCUGAAAUCCUCAAAGGCAGUCUGAUCACCAUGGAGCGUCAAAUCGUGAGGCUAGAGAACGACAUUGAGAACUUCCCCAAAAGUGAUGACCCACAAGAUAAGUUUGUGGAAAAAAUGUCAGGCUUCUGCAAGCAUUCACGGGAGCAGUAUGAGAAGCUGUCCAUCAUGCACAAGAACAUGCAGAAGCUCUACGAGAACACAGGCAGCUACUUUGCCUUCGACCCGCAAGUAGUCUCCGUGGAGGACUUUUUCGGAGACCUCUCCAACUUCCGCAUCCUCUUUUUGGAAGCCGUGAAGGAGAACCACAAGAAGAGGGAGAUGGAGGAGAAGAUCAAGAGAGCCAGGCUGGCGAAGGAAAAAGCCGAGCGCGAGAAGCAGGAGCGCCAGCAGAAGAAGAAGAAGCUGAUUGACAUGAACAAAGAGGGAGAUGAAACCGGUGUGAUGGACAGUCUAAUGGAAGCUCUGCAGUCAGGAGCAGCCUUCCGUGAUCGACGAAAACGGACGCCACGCAAUGGUGAUCAAAGUCCCUCCAGUCCAGGCUCUCGGUGGCCGACUGCUAACUAUGGUUACAGAACCUUAGAUAACCGGCGUGCAGUCCUUGAAAGGUCCCGCUCACGCCACAACGCAAACCACCAAGCUCGAUGA